AUGGGUGCCAUCCUCAAUAUAGACCUAAACAAUGACAUCAUCUCAUCUGCUGAGCUAACCAGUGACAAUGGUGCAAUCCUCUCGGAUUUAUCAUGCUGUUUGUCUCCAUCUCUUGACGACCUACCGGAUGAAUUAUUGGUGAAGAUCAUCGGUUUCAUACACCCUCUCAGCAAGACGUUUGCUCAUCUGCGAGGAACGUCAAACAGAUUGAAUGACGUCAUUCAAACGUCAUGCUUGUUUAAGACGACAUCGAUCGACCUCUCACGUAACCGUCCCUUCGACUUCGACGUCCUCUCAUCGACCACGGCCCGCUCAACCACCUCCCUCACCACACUCAACCUCUCACACUCCGAUGACGUCAGUGAUUACGUCAUAUAUCAAUUGGCCAGAACGUGUGGUCAGUUGAGGACAUUGGAUGUAUCUUACUGUCCAUUGCUGACCAACUGUGGUCUGCGUGUGCUAGCUAACCUGGUCAAACUGGUCAGAGUGGACAUAAGUGGAUGUCCAAACAUCACCUGUCGAGGGGUAUACAUGCUCGUCAAGUGGAGCGCAGAUAGCCUGGAGGAGCUGAUCAUGAACUCGUGCCUUGGUCUUCGUAAUGACCCACACAAACUGCUUCAUAUAUCCACACAUGGGAGCAGACUGAAACGACUUGAGAUGGCAUGGCACCAGAGACUCGUUAAGAUUAACCCCCUCACUGUCAUUGAUCUAGACAGAUUAACAGAGCAUCUGAAUGAUCUCCUUCACUUGGACAUUAGUCAUAGUGGAUGCAGUGAUGAGGAUAUGGAAGCCAUCAUGAUGAACUGUACGAAGCUUGUUACACUCAAGGCUAGAAACUGCUGCAUUCAUGACAUUGGGUUGAAACGCAUCGGUGAAUGGCUACCAAGCCUGACUCAUCUCGACAUCGCUGACUGUCACGACAUCACCGACAGAGGACUGGAAUUCAUCGGACGUGGUUGCUCACUCCUCGAACACGUCGACGUGUCACGGUGUUUCGACAUCAUUGGUCCUGGUGUCGACAUUUUAGCGAGUGCUUGCCUUCAUCUUCACACGGUGAUCGCCCGGGAAUGUUUUGACAUGACGUCGGCUACAAUCAACUACAUCUCACUCCACUGCAAACACGUCCGACAUCUUGACGUCGCCUUCAACCUCUGCGUUACUAAUGAAACGAUGUCAGGAAUCGCGGAUGACCGUGGUCCCGAUGAGCCUUUGGUUGUCGUCACAGAAGGAUGUCCUAAUGUUCGUGGUCGUCACAGAGGAAAAGGUCUGGAACCCGGUGAUCAACAUCGCUUUCGAUUUGUCGAUUGGAAGGGAAAGGACAAUGAUGAUUUCGUCAUCUGGGAGACAUCUGUUUGA